AUGAAGAAGCAUGAUAGCGUAAAGUGUGCAUCCCUUCAUAACUGCGCCGACGCUCUGCCCCUCCUCUACUCUCACGGGUUCGCGCCACCUUACGGGACUCUGCAGCCGUCACUCACGUGUUCCAAGGUCAUCGCCAAGCUGGGGGAAGUGGUCUCCGGACAGCCUAUCGCAAGCCUCAUGACCGCCAUGGACACAUUUCUCUACGGCAUCCGCAUGCCAUUCCUCUUCUGCCUCGUCACACUCUGGCUCACCGCCACGGUCUACAUCCUCCACUCACUCCUCUACCGCAUGGACGUCCUCCGCAUCCGCUCCCACCUCCUCACCACCAGGGCAUCCCACCUCAUCGACGUCAAGGCUUUGCUCGCCGGCAGCCGCAAGAUGCUCUCACUCUACAAGGACGUCGACUACUUCGACGACGACUUCCACUCGUGA